UAUAAUAAAUAAAUCUAGGAAUAUGGAAUAUUAGUCAUUUAGUUAUUGAGACUACUAGAGCUCACAUCAGAAAAGAAGUUUGUCAAAUUGAAUUUAUAUUUCUUAAAAUUAUACCAGUGUACUAAUAUCUAUAUUUUUUUAACAUUACAAACUACAAUAUUGACUUUAAUAGUGUGAUACAACGUAUUAGUGUAUUUAAUUUCAAAAUAAAGAAUAAUAUCUGUUUAUUUCGGGAUGUAUCUUUUAUUGAUAUGUAUUUCUCUUGUCUUAUAUAAAAUGAGCAAAACUUUUCGCUUCUAUACAAAGUUCGGUAUUUACUUUUUAUACACAAGCAUAAUGUCAAUUUUUUUAAUAGCAAUUUUUAUAUUUCUACCAAGAAGCGAAAAAAAUUUAUUAAUAUUGUCAGUAGUACUUGCUCCUGUUACCAAAGCCAUGGGAGUAAGUUGGGAAAUAAGAGGAAGGGAACAUUUAGAACAAGAGAGAUCAUGCAUAGUAGUAAUGAAUCAUCAAAGUAUUUUUGAUUGCGUUGGAUUGUAUCAAUUAUGGCCAUUUUUGAAAAAAAGCACAAUUAUAUCAAGACGAAUAAUUUUUUAUAUUUGGCCAAGUGGUUUAUUGUGUUGGUUCGGCAAAGUGAUAUUUAUAAACAGGAUGAACUCGAAUUUAGCCCGAAAAGUUCUUAACGAUGCCACAAAUUAUAUUAAAGAAAAAAAGAUGAAAUUAAUAAUAUUUCCCGAAGGAACUAGACGCAAUAAUGGUGAAAUUAACGCAUUCAAGAAAGGUGCGUUUCAUAUUGCUAUACGUGGUCAGUUACCUAUAAUACCAGUUGUUUUCUCUUCAUAUUAUUAUUUUCUAUCAAAUGAAGAAAAGAGAUUUGAUUCUGGUCGAGUUAUUGUAGAAGCAUUACCAGCAAUAUCUACGGAAGGAUUAACGCUUGACGAUAUUAAUGAAUUGUUGGAAAAAACACGAAACACUAUGAUCGAUACUUUUGAUAAAAUUAAUAAAGAAAUACAAUCUUGAAGCUUUUUUAAUACUUUUGAAUGAUAGCAAUCAUAUUAUUAUAAAUAGAUAUUCAAUCAUAUUAUUGUAAAAAAAAUUUUAUUAUUCUCUAUUGUAAUUAAAGUAAUUCAAUUUGAAUAUCUAAAAUAUCUGAUUAUUUGAAUAUCAGAAAUAUAUAUUUUUUGGAAUUAGAUGAAGAGAAUGACAUUUUUAUAUAUCAAUUUUUGUAUUUGUACUUGUUUUAAAAGUAAUUUUUAUAAGCAAUGAUUUUCAAUAAACAAUGAUAGAAGAAAUAAUGAUAAUACAUAUGGGUAAUUGUAAAAUUUGAAAUAUAUAAAAUAAUAUUUUACAGAAAAAAAUAUUUUUAUCAUGCAGUCAUCAAAACAUAAUUGAGAGUUUCUGAAAUAUAAUAAAAUAGUUAAGUAGAAUUUAAAAAACGGCAUGAUCCAUAACCUGAACAAUCUUUACAUUAUGAUUGAAAUAAAUUAUAGAAGAACUUAAUACAAUAAUAUGAAUAUAUAUGAUAUUACGAAUUUUUUUAUAAAAAAUAUCAACAUUUUAUAAUCAUGUUAUAAAUAUUGUUUUUUUUCUUGAGAAAAUAUGAAUGUAUAAAAAUAAAGAAUGUAUAAUGUAUACAUACGUGCAAUUGAAAAACUUAUAAACAAUGUAAUAUAAAAAAUAAGAAAUUCUAAAUCGUAAGAGAUUGUUAAUAUUGUGCAGAAAAAUAUGAUAAUGAUUUCGAUUUUAUGAUGUAAAAAAAAUUAUGUUAAAUUAUAAAUAAAAAAGUUUGUGUUAAAUGAAGGAAGAAUAUAAGACAGAGCAAUAUCACA